GAGGAUGGUGGUGAGUCUGUUGGUAUAAAUAUGGGGCAAAGGAUCGAGUGGAAGAGCAGCGAGGUCGGCGAGAGGGUUCGCUGUGCCCUCUGUUCUGCGUCUGUGUGAAGGCAAGAGAGCUCCCGGCUCAGCUAUCAGCGUGCGAUCAUCACAAGGCUCGGAGUCCACCAUGAGGCUGUGUCUGGCUCUGGUUGUACUUGUCCUGGCCCUGGGCACGACGAGUGGCUCCCAUUUCCGCGGGGGAACCAUCUCCUGGAUUCCUCAAGACGGCAACCAGGUGAAGUUCAGCUACAUGAUGGCCUGGCGCCGCUCCUCCAUGACCCCCUGCACGGACAAUGACAUCGCGGCCGGAGCGUACUUCUCCACGGGCGACCAGUGGCAAUGCACCCAGGGCUGCAGUGAAACCCGCACUAUGAGCAUCGCGUGUAUCGAGCAGAACAGCAACUCGGACUGGAUGGUGGGCAUGGGGAACUUCAACUUCACCGUCCCCAGCACGCAGCAGAGCAUCGUCAGCUUCGCGAGCUGCUGCUGGGUGAGCGCGAACGUGAUCACCGCUUACGGGACCCAGAGCGUGGCAAGCUCGUGGUCCGUGAUCGCCAUACUCAACCCUGGGACCCGGAGCGACACCGGCAGCCCCAACAUCUCCCCCAUGACCACCUCCAAGCCGCUCAUCAAGCUCAAAGUGGGCUGCACCAAGGUGUGGACCAUCCCCGUGUUGGACGCUGAUGGCGAUGUGGUGAAGUGUCGAUAUGCCAACAAAAACGUGCACGACGAGUGUGGGGACAUCUGCGGAGUCGCGCCCUUUGGGACGCUGAAUCAGGACGCGUGCACCAUCACGUUCACGGUGCCCGUGACCGCUUCCGGCCUCUGGGCCUUGGCGCUGAUGAUCGAGGACUUCCCGCGCAAUAGCAUCACCAUGGACUCUGCUUCGUACUCCCCCAGCAGCCCGCUCUCCAGCAUCCCACUGCAGGUCCUCUUCGAGAUCGAGACGGGAAGCUCGUGCUCGGGUCCCCUGUUCACGGGAGCAACCCCCCGUGCCGGACAAACGUUCCAGGCUACGCAGGGGCUCCCCUUCAAUCUGCAGGUGGACGUCACCCUCCCCAGCGACGCAGCACCAGGCGUGACGAUCGUGCGGCUGGGAACCAUCGCGCCUGUCGGGGUGCAGAAGGGUGCCCUGGAGGCCGACGCCGGAAACUCGAAGCUCUUCCACACGACGCUGAGCUGGACACCGGGACGGAAAGACGUGCAGAGCCACCAGAUCUGCUUCUACGCCUCCGACAGCAACGCCCAGGAGACCGAGCUGCGCUGCGUCAAUGUCGUCGUUGAAGGCACCGGCGGACCCAUCGCAUUCUCCUACGACAGCAUCACCACCAGCGACUUCCCCAUCGAGUGGACGAUCACCUUCAGCGACGAGAUCGUCCUGCCUACCGUCUCAAGGUACUUCCGCUUCUGGGAGCUGCGCAGCGGGCGGGAGGUGUACCGCGUGGAUGGCACCACGGUCACACUGCUGCCCAAUGGCACGGCGGUCCGCUUCACCACGCCGCCCUACGUAUUUGCCGGCGGUGUUUCGCUCUACGUCACCGUGGAUGAGGGCGCUGCCAUGAUGGUCGUCAAUGGCUCCAUCGUCACAAAAAGCAACGCGCACGGCCGCAAGGACUGGGUGUUCACGCUGCGCAAGAAGGUCUACGCCGAGUGCUACGCCGUUGGCGACCCCCACUACAGCUCGUUUGACGGGCGGCUCUUCAACUACAUGGGCACCCACACCUUCGUGUUGGCGUCCAACUGCCUGGGCGGGCAGCAGCAGCCAACGGCGUGGCGAGUGCUCGCCAAGAACGAGCACCGGGGCCGCGCGGACGUGGCGUGGACGCGGGAGGUGCACACCGAGAUCUACGGCUACACCAUCUCCUUCCUGAAGAGCGGCGCCGUCUGGCUGGAUGGGCAAGCCAUCAACCUGCCGUACUACGAGCCCGGGGAGCGGUUCCGCAUCACUGGCUCCGGGGGCUACGCGCGUCUCACCACCGACGUCUUCUUCAGCGUCGAAUACGAUGGUUGGAGCAGGGUGGUGGUGUCUCUGCUGAACCACGACGUGUACUGGAACGGCACGUGUGGCGUGUGCGGGGUGUGGAACGGUGACCAGAGCGACGACUUCGCAAUGCCCGAUCACUCCCAGGCUCCUGACGCGGCCACGUUCGGCAACAGCUGGGAGGUUCCCGAGAGGAAGAACGCAGAGAGUGGGAGCAGUGACACGGGAGCCUCAUCCGGCAUUAUCCUGCACCCCGGCAAGUCGGCGAUCGCAUCCAGCCCCCAGAACUGCGGGCGGCUACAAGACGCGAAUGGCACGCUGGCCGCGUGCUUCGCGACCGUUGACCCCGCGCCAUACUUCACCGACUGUGUCUUCGACAUGGUGCUGUCGGGUCUGGACGUGUCAGUGCUGUGCCGGUCGCUGGAGGCGUACGUGGCGGCCUGUAAUGCGGCCGGGUUCACCUUCGCCGACCCAUGGAGGAACGGCACCGGCUGCGCAACGAGCUGUGGCGCAGGCACGCGGUUCAGCUCGUGCGCCGCCGCGUGUCCGGCUACGUGCUACGACCCCACAGCCGCGGCUCAGUGCGCGGACCCCUGCGUGGAGGGCUGCGAGUGCGCUGACAGCACCCAGCUAUGGGACGGCGGCCAAUGCGUGCAGCCGGGCCAGUGCGGGUGCCGGGACACAAAUGGCCGUUACUACAAGCUGAACGAGGCGUUCUGGCAGCCCGGGUGUGCCGUGCAGUGCACGUGUGCUUCCCCCGACAACAUCCAGUGCCAGUCGAACUCCUGCGACCUCACCUUCAACUUCUGUGGCAUGGACAGCAAGGGGGUGCACGGGUGCCACCGCAAGAGCCUGGAGUGCACCGCCUGGGGCGACCCGCACUAUGUCACGUUCGACGGCCGCACCUUCGACUUCAUGGGCACCUACACCUAUGCCCUCACACAGCCGUGCUCUGGAGCCGGCUGGAACGUGCUGGUGAAGAACGAGUUCAUCUACGGAAGCUGGUCCAUCGCUUACACCCGUGACGUCUUCGUCAACAUCUACGACCACAGCGUGCACUUCGGCCUCGGCUGGAGAGUCUACCUGGAUGGAGUGGAGAUCAACGUUCCGUACUACUACUCCAAUGGGAGUGCGGAGUUCUCCGUGAUUCGCUCAGGGAACUUCAUGCGCCUGCGGAGUGACUUCGAGCUCGAGGUUCUGUAUGACGGGCACCACCAUGCCGUGGCGCGCCUCCCUGCCUCCUUCGCCGGGGCCCUAUGUGGCCUCUGUUCCAACAUGAAUGGAGACCCCAGCGACGAUUUCGUGAUGAGGGACGGCACCCGUGCUGCAUCGGCCACCGACUUCGGCAACAGCUGGAAGAUUACGGAGCCCGGCUCUUCUGAGACCGGCUCAGACGACACGGGCAACCACCCGACCCCCAACGCCAACGAGGUGGCUGCGGCCUCGCAGAAUGACAAGUGUGGCGCAAUUAGCGACCCCGUGGGCCCCUUCGCCGCCUGCGCCCGUGCCGUCGACCCUCAGCCCUACGUGGACGGCUGCGUGCUCGACCUGGUGCUGCAGGGCUUUGACGAUGCCGUGCUGUGCCGAGCCCUCUCUGCGUACUACGCCGCCUGCAUCAAAGCCGGCAUCGCCCUGAAUGGCUGGAGAAACGAGACGCUCUGCCCCGCCCCGGCGUGCCCCGCCAACAGCUCGUACUCGCACUGCACCUCCCCGUGCCCUGUGACGUGCGUGCGGGGGCCGGGCGAGGGUCAGUGCGCGGGAGGCUGCGUAGAGGGCUGCAUUUGUGACGCCGGCUACCUGCUGGAUCACGACCAGUGUGUGCGCGCCGACAAGUGCGGCUGCAUCAGCAAUGGCAAGUACUACAAGCUGGGAGAUGAGUUCAUCUCAGACGACUGCAGGAGUCAGUGCGUGUGUGAGGCUGGUGGAUUGGACUGCGACGCCUUCUUCUGCCCUGCACUGCACACGUGUGGACUUACGGACGACGGCAAGAUCGGGUGCAAUGCCCUGGAGGGUCACUGCCAGGCAUCGGGCGACCCCCACUACGUGACGUUCGACGGCACCUACUUCGACUUCAUGGGCACGUGCGCGUACACGCUGGCCGCUCCGUCCGCACGCUACGCCGGCACAUCACGUGACGGCGCUUGGCGAGUGCUUGUGGAGAACGAGGCGCUGGGGCCGUACGCCGCCGUGUCGUACACGCGCGCCGUCGAGGUGCAGCUCGGCAACCACACAAGGGUCAGGCUCCUGCCCGGGGGCGCCGUGCAGCUGAACGGCGAGACGGUGAGCCUGCCGGCGCUACUGCCCGGCGCCACGGUGGUGCAGCUGGGGAACCUGGCGGUGCUGUCGGCGCCGGCAGCCGGCCUCACCGUCAAGUACGACGGCUUCUCCUAUGUGGACGUGGGGCUCAAGGCCGACUUUGCGGGCGCCGUCGAGGGGCUGUGCGGGAACUACAACGGGGACGUCAGCGACGACUUCACGGGGCCUGCCGGCGAGGACCAUAGCACGCCGUACACAUUCGGCAACGCCUGGAAGAGCGAAGAGUCUGCCUGGAGACCAACCUGUGGGCCGGACUACGGCCGCGUGGUGACGCCCAGCGACGCGGACAAGGCGCUGGCGGAGGUGCCGUGCGACUUCCUGCGUGGCGCCCAGUCGCCCUUUGCCCCGUGCUUCGUGACGGUGCCGCCCGGGCCGUACUUCACCAAAUGCGUGUUCGACCUGGCCGUGACGGGCAUGGACGCGGCGCUGCGCUGCUCGCACCUCCAGGGAUACUUCGACACAUGCCUGACGCACGGAGUGGUGCUUGCGGAGUGGAGGGCGGCCGCCAACUGCUUGCUGGCGUGCCCAGCUCACAGCACGUACAGCACGUGCGCCCCUCCCUGCCCAUCAUCGUGCGGCCUACCUGCAGCCGCGUGCCCGCGGAGCCGCAGUUGCGCCGAGGGCUGCGUGUGUGACGCCGGCUUCUUCCUGCAGGGCGGCACGUGCGUGGCGGCGGCGGACUGCGGGUGCACGUAUGACGGCAUUUACAGAGACGUGGCCGAGUCGUGGUACACCCACGACUGCUCGCGUCGCUUCACGUGCCUGCUCCCAGGGGGUGGUCGUGGAGGAGGCAGGCGGGUGCCAUGGGGGACAGGCGUGCUUCCUCAAGGAGGGCCGCUUCGGCUGCCACCGAGCGGAGGUGGAGUUGUCAUGUGAGGGAGAGCGCAUGUCUGCGCGAGUCCCGCGCAUGCUGGUGCUGAACUACACGGCGAGUGACACGCGGCUCAAUGACCCCGCGCUGCCCGGCUGCUCCCUUGUCGACGACGGAGACUUCAUCACCUUCGACAUCGG